AUGAGUGCAGAGCGACAGCCUCUAUUAGCACCGGCCAACGGCCAAUCGCCGCCCACUGCAAAGCCGGCUCCGGAUGGAGGGCUUGAGGCGUGGCUCAUCGUCCUCGCCGGGUUCUUCAUCUUCGUAAAUUCAUGGGGCCUAUCCAGUACAUUCGGAGUGUUCUUAGAGCAUUACAGAACAGAACUUCUUCAAGGGACUGCGCCUUCCACAUUGGCAUGGAUCGGGAGCGUUCAGUCGACGUUUGUCACGAUCGUUGGGCUCUUGACGGGGCCCCUGACUGAUCGAGGCUACUUGCGCCCCGUCAUGAUUGUCGGCCACUUCAUGGUCGUCUUUGGCAUGUUUAUGCUUUCAGCUGCAACCAAAUAUUGGCAGAUCAUGCUGGCGCAGGGCUUCUGCGUCGGUCUAGGGGCUGGAGCGAUCAAUAUCCCAGCCUUCGCCAUAAUCUCGUCCAAGUUCACAACGAAGCGACCCAUCGCGCUCGGCUGCGCUUCCACCGGCGCAAGCAUUGGCGGCAUAGUCUUCCCCAUAGCAUUUCGCAGGCUUGCGCCGGUCCUCGGAUUUGCGUCAGCGGUUCGUGUCAUCGCUUACAUCAACCUAGCCGUCUCAAUCGUGACUUUGGCAAUCCUUUGCCGCAAGCCUGGCGACCGAGCUCCCAAAGCAAAGAUGAUCAUGGAUCCACGGGGCUUCUGCGAGCCCGUCUUUGGCACCUUUGUCAUUGCCCUGUUUUUCCAAUUCCUGGCGUACUACAUCCCACUCUUUUACCUUACAACAUUCGCGGCCGUCAAACUAAAGACCGGCGUCGACUUCGCCUUUGACCUGCUGGCCAUCAGCAAUGCCGCAUCCUUCUUUGGUCGCACUGUUCCCUAUCUGGUAGGCUCGCGUGUUACUCCCAUACAAAUCUUGAUUUUUUGGGAGGCUGUCGGCAUCGUGCUGUUGUUCGGCUGGAUGACUGUCAAUACCAAGGCUAAUAUGGUCGUGUGGACCAUCGCUUGGGGCUUCCUCUCCGGAGUUUUGGUCACGGCGCCGGCCGCCAGCACUGCUCAUCCGACUCUCAGCCCUAGUAUCGACGUCAUUGGUGCACGACUCGGCAUGAGCUGGUCUACAGCCGCGGUGGGCGUGCUGAUUGGAGCACCAGUUGCGGGCGCCCUGGCUGACGUUGCCCAUGCUGACUUCAAGUUUGCGCAAGUCUUUGCUGGUGUUGUCAUGGCGGUUGCCGUGCUUCUCAUGACCGUGCCUCUGGUAGCAGCUCACCGCUUCAAUCAAGCCAAGGCUAGGGGCCAGCAUGAUGCCUGA